AUGAAAGAUUACUUGGCUGUAGCAAAGGCCGCCACCACUUCUUCAUAUAAUUCCACCUUAAAUAUUGCAGCCAAAGCCAUCAUCCAAACCAUCCUUGACAAAGACUAUGCCGAUUUAGCCAAUGAAGCUCAACAUGCUCGUCUUUGCUCGUCCAUUCAAAGUCUUCUUGAUGCUCCUUUUUUCCCAACUGAGGUUGAAUCCACAAUCAAAGGUUUCAUAAAGCAAUUGGCUGAGAGCAUCCAUGCCUACAACCAAGCCGGAAAAGAAGAACUGUGCAAACUAGAGAAGGAGCAGAAAGAGAUUGAGGCCAGAAAAUCAACCAUCCUUGCCAAGAUUGACAGUGCGGUUCAAGACUCUCGGCCACAUCAGUUUGAACUAGAAAAGUUUAUGCAACAACAGGCCAAUUUCCAAGAGAAGGAAGAUGACUAUAAGACCUUGAUGAGUGCAAGGGCCGAAUUAUGGGUUAACUUCAAAACCGUCAUCCAAAAGCAUCUUUAA